AGCUCUUUUGAAAAAAAUAAAUUACGCGCAAUCUUUUCUUUUAAAUUUCCCUCUUGACCUUUUUCUCUUUCCUAUUCUCUCAUCUUCUUCUUUUCAAAUGGCCUCAUCUAAAGUCAUUGGUACUGUUCCUGGUUACAAGUUCAUUAAGAACCGUCGUGCAGCUGUUUUGGCCUUCCCUUUCAAUGGUGGUCAGGGUCGAGAAGGUGUUGAACUAGGUGGUAUGCAUUUGGUUGAGCAUGGUAUUCUUGAGCAACUCAAGGAAAUGGAAUGGGAAACCUCGUUUGAGCCAAAUGAGGACAUCGAUACCUUCCGUCCAAGCUCUGAUCCUGAUAUCGAAGGUCUCAAGAAGCCUCGUUUUGUGUCGUCGGUGACUAAGAGAGUUGCUGAACAGGUCAGCACUGCUGCAAAGGCUGGAGACUUUGUCGUCACCUUGGGAGGAGACCACUCUUUGGCCAUGGGCACUGUUUCCGGUGUCUUCGAAGCUUAUCCUGAUGCCUGUCUUAUCUGGAUUGAUGCUCACGCUGAUAUCAACACCCCUUCCACUACGGACUCGGGUAAUAUGCAUGGAUGCCCUAUCAGCUUUGUUAUGGGUAUUGCCGGAGACAUCCCUGAAUUUGCUUGGAUCAAAAAAUGCUUGCUUCCUGAGCGUUUGGUCUACAUUGGCCUUCGUGAUGUCGAUCCCGCGGAAAAGAAGAUCCUCAAGGACAAUGGCAUCAAGGCAUUCAGCAUGCACCAUGUUGACAAGUAUGGUAUUGGAAAGGUUGUCGAAAUGGCCCUGGACCAUGUCAACCCCAACCGUGAUAGACCCAUUCAUUUGAGCUUUGACGUCGAUGCCCUGGAUCCCAGUGUCGCUCCCAGUACUGGCACUCCCGUCCGCGGAGGUUUGACCUUCCGCGAGGGCCACUAUAUUUGUGAAGCUCUCGCUGAAACUGGCUUGUUGGUGGCUGCUGAUAUCAUGGAAGUUAACCCUGCUCUUGAAGACGAGCAAGCUGUUUUCCAAACCGUCCAGGUUGGAUGCUCUUUGACUCGCUGCUGCCUUGGAGAAACUCUUUUGUAAUUUCCCCACGCCGCCCUUAUAAUCUUUUAACACACGCCCUCCCCCCCUCUCUUCUGUAAAUCACUCGUAGAACUUUGCGUAGCGCUUCCGAGAUGAUGGCUCUCGCAUUUGUAAUUUAACAAGACAAAUGA